CUCCAAUAUGGGAUUUCGACGCCCAACCGGUGGUGGAAACCACCACCACCGACCACCACUCCAUCGCAGAAGAAGCCGCCGCCGCCGUCAGGAGCGCCGUUCAACAGUCACCUUUCUUUUCUUUGUACUCCGCGAUUUCCGAACAUUAUUUUUUCUCGUGCCAUACUUUUCGGUUUUGUUCGUCGUAAAAUACUUUAAUUUUUAAUUUUAUUCCGGACUUUUUCUAAGUAUAUUUUACGAUUUGCAUUACUUAGCUCAAACCCACAACAUGAUGGCGUCCAUGGCAAGUUUAUUUUUGAUACUGACAGUCACUUUCCCCGUACAGGCGAUUGACGAUACACCCGAUAUAUUUCCACAUACAAGACCAGGAGAACAGCUCCCGGAUACACAAGUCAUCGUGGAUAGAACCAAAGAUUACUGUCCACCGUUACCAGACAAAUAUCUUAAAGUGAUAGUGUUGGGCAGAUUCAAUCCACCGGCAGGCGGAUGUGCUAUUAUGCAAGCAUACAAUGGUAAUAUUGUAACGGCGUUUGAAAUGUGGCUGGGCUAUCUCGAUUACAGCUUUGGAAGUUACGAUCAAGAGGAAGAGGGUACGUAUAAUGAAUUAUUAUAUUGUUACAGUACAAUGGUGAGGGUGCGGAUCCUGUGCUGCGUCCGUGACUUCAGAAAGCUGCUCUCCUUAUCUAAAAUCGUGUUUUUAUUAAAUAUAUAG